AUGCCACCGUACCGCUGCCGCUGGGACCCGCCCUCGACCGCCCCUAAGACCUCCACCUUCGCCAGCCUCGAGCGCUUGCCCCAGCCCCUGAGAUCGGCACGCCCAGGCCAGCAAGCUGGCGAGGGGCGCCUGCGGGGAAGCCGCACCCGAGGGACUCUCCGAGAUCAGCGUCGAGACCAAGCGGUGCCGACCUCAGGGGUGGAGACACGCCUCGGGCAGGAAGGAUCCCCCUUGCUCGCAGGCGUGUGGGCGGCCUCGCACGCCUUCGUGGCCGCCCCCGGCCCCCGCGCCGGCCUCGCCGUGGGGCGCGCGCAGUCGGCGGUGGUGCUGCAGUCCGGGUCGGGCGAGUACACGGGCUUCGUGCCCGACAUGCAGAGGCGCGUGCUGAUGAACCUCAUCGUCGUGGCCGUCUGCGCCGUGCCGGCGCUGGUGGUCCUCGGAGGCUACGCGUUCUACUCGAGCGGCGCUACGGGUGACGAGGUGAAGGAGUUACAGUCGGGUGCGUUUUGGAUUGACCGGCGCUUUGGACUAGGAGACAAGGACAACGACCGUGAGUUGGUGCAGGGCCUCAAGGGUGAUGCGUACUACCUCAUCUCCACGCCGGACGGCAUCAAGGACUUCGCGAUCAACGCGACGUGCACCCACCUCGGGUGCGUGGUGCCGUGGGUCCGCUCCGCCAACAAGUUCUGCUGCCCCUGCCACGGCUCGCAGUACGACGAGAACGGCAAGGUCGUCCGCGGCCCCGCGCCCCUCUCGCUGGCGCUCGCGCACACGUCCGUCCUGGACAGCGGCGACAUCGCCGUGUCCCCGUGGCCCGAGCAGGACUUCCGCACCGGCCUCGACCCCUGGUGGAGCUGA